AUGGCAAAUGGGAGAACCAGUACGAGUUCAUUAACAUUGCGCAACCCGACAGCAUCGCCGGUAUCAAAAUUGACUGAGGACAUCCUCUGGCUUAUCUUCAUGAUCAAUACAGUCAGCUAUUCUCCCUCAGACGAAGAGCUGUCUGAUCCAAACUGUUUGCCUCUCAACAUCGCGCGCUUGAGUUCUCAAGUUUGUCAUCAAUGGAGGCAUGUUUUACUCAAAACUUCCUCUGUGUGGGCACGGCUCUUAGACUGGCGUUCCCUCAAUCAGGAAACAGACGACUGGAGAAACGAGGUCCUCGGACGUACAGGCACGUCAUUAUUGUGGAUUGGAGGACACGAUGAAACGGAUUCUGAUGAGCCCAAGGACUCGACGUUGUUAUUUUUUCACCGCCUGGUCGUCGAUCAUUGGGAACGCAUCGAAAGAUUGAUGCAGUUCCCCACACAGUAUGAGCGUAUCGACGGUCUGCGAUAUGUUGUCCAACGGCCAGCACCCAACCUGAAGAUGUUUGCGUUCCCGGAUUCUCCUAGGGACUACCAUGAAUUCGAGGGAUCGAUGUUUGCCGGUCAAGCACCCCGACUCAGGGUAUUCCAUGCCAUGGGGACUCGGUGUCAUCUGGAGAUUGCGUGGAUGUCGAAUAUUCGCGAAUUAGCAUUAGGCAGACUGUUCAAUAACAAAGUAGUAUGUCGCGUGUUGACGCAACUACCGCGACUGGAAAUUCUUGAGCUCGACGGACACACGAUCAUCGAUGGGUAUCAACCACCAGUUAUACAUUUGCCAGAGCUACGGGUAUUAAAAUUGUGGGCGUGUAUUUCUUACGUGGCAUGCAUCAAGCCACACCCAGGAUGCGCCCUACUUUUGUGGCAAGAGGGACAGACGGACCGCGAUCCCUUCGAAGUUUACACACAAGCCAUCUCUACUUUGAUUCACAACAAUAUCUCAAUGCACCCAGCAAAACGCGCAUAUCUGGAAUGCAGGACAUCCAUUUUUACACUCAGCGAAGCUCACAUCGACCAUUCCGGACACUUUUCCCGCAAGGACGAAACGUUUGACAUAACCAUAUGCCCUGACACUACAUCAUCAUUUGCUGUUAUCGAACGCCUACUUCUGGCACUGGAGUCACCAUACUUCUCCACUACAUUACAGAUGACCUUAGCUUGCGACGUGAUGAUGGAAUCUACAAGAGUGUGCCAGGCGUUCAAUCGGUUUUGUUCACAUUUUUCCGGCUUGGAGAUUUUAUCGCUUCAUCCCACCGACAUAAACAUGCUCUUAAAUGAUGGGUGUUUGGAGCAUCUUUUAUUUCCGAAGCUUCAUACUCUUAUUCUGCUCGGACUCGGGUCCGUGGAGAACAGAAUAUGUUGGAUCGACCCAUUUACUCGUUAUCUUUCUUAUAGGCGAGACCGAGGAUUCCCGAUCACGACCAUUGAUCUCCGAACCGAGUUGUGUUUCCAAGGGGGGAUACCAAAGAGUCUGGAAUGUCUUGACUCGUUUGCAGGUAUGAAGAUUCUGUGGAAGUGA